UGCGUUGAUUCCCCACAUUGAGUUGGUUGAAAAUUGACUUUUGAUAAUUUAUUAGAGAUUGGAUCGGAUCGAAUCGAUUACUAUUUGCUUUCCUUUCCAUUUAAUUGCUACUGACUGGUUUAAAAGUUUUCAUUUCCUUGUUUCCCAUAGAUAUAACCCAUAACCAUGCCUCGUCGUAAUAGCAAGUCUCCUACACAUCCUGUGGUAGCGUCCAUCGAUAUAGGAACCACCUCCACAAGAGUGAUAUUGUUUUCUGAAGAUGGUAGGGAGAUCGCCAAACGUCAGAUCGAGUACUCUACUUCGGCAUCAGAAGGUCCAGCGGAGUCUCUGAACACUGAGCAGUUCAGAAGAAGAUCUUCUUUGAUGAGACAUAAUGAGCCCAUCUAUACGGCUGAAGGUAUUGCUAUUUCGAUCACAGACGAGAUAGAGAUCGAAAACAACCUCUCUUCCGUAGGGCCCACUUUGCGAUUCCCCCAACCUGGCUGGGUCGAAUGUAUGCCUGUCCACAUUUUGGCCAAUGCCGUUCAGUGUUUGGUAGCCUGUUUGAUCACGUUGCGUAAGAUCAACCUGGAUCCAGACUUGAAAAUCAAGUAUAAACUUAAGGCUAUUGGUAUUGCCAACAUGAGAGAAACUACUAUUGUGUGGUCAAGAAAGACGGGGAAGCCUUUGAGCCGUGGUAUCACAUGGACAGAUACCAGAACGGCCGAGAUUGUAGAACAUUUGGAGAAGAUUACAGACGAUGAGAAAAAGAAGGAGUUACGAGAAAAAACUGGUUUGCCUCUUUCAACAUAUUUCUCUGCAGCCAAGUUGAGAUGGCUCUUGGACAAUGAUGAUGUUAUCAAAGAAGAGUAUGAAAAGGGUGAUGGCAACUUGAUGUUCGGAACAGUCGAUACAUGGUUGAUCUACCAUCUUACACGGGAAAAGACAUUUGUAUCUGAUAUCACCAAUGCAUCGAGAACAUAUUUCAUGAACCUUGAAACCAAAGACUAUGAUGAAGAGUUAUUGGAGUUCUGGGGCAUCGAUCCAACCAAGAUCCGUUUGCCCAAAAUCGUGUCUAGUUCUGAAUUCUAUGGUGGGUUCUCCGCUCCCAUCUUGUCCAACUUGGGUUUCCACAACAAAAUCACUCAGGAAGCAUACGACAUCUUGAAGACUAUCAGCGGUGUACCUAUCUGUGGAUGUCUCGGUGAUCAGUCGGCUUCUUUGGUAGGACAAAUGGCGUUCAAGUCUGGUUCGGCCAAGUGUACUUAUGGAACUGGGUGUUUCUUGUUGUACAAUACCGGUUCAACCAAAUUGAUUUCGGAGCAUGGAACUUUGACUACUGUAGGGUUCUGGUUCCCAACAUUGAAGGGAGAAGAAUCUAAACCGCAUUAUGCUUUGGAAGGUUCAAUUGCUGUUGCUGGUUCCAUCGUGCAAUGGUUGCGAGACAACUUGAAGUUGAUUGAAAAUGCACACGAUAUUGGACCUUUGGCUUCACAAGUAGACAAUUCUGGUGGUGUGGUGUUUGUGCCUGCCUUUUCAGGAUUGUAUGCUCCUUACUGGGAUCGUGGGGCUCGUGGCUCCUUGUUUGGUAUGACGCAAUACACUUCUGCUGGUCAUAUCGCCAGAGCCGCAUUAGAAGGUGUCUGUUUCCAAGUUCGUGCCAUUCUCAGAGCCAUGGCUGAUGAUGCUGGUGGUUCCCCUGAUUUCUUGGAAGAAGCCGGUGGUAACCAAAACAGUAUCUUGUCGCAAUUGGCAGUAGAUGGAGGUAUGUCUAAAGCAGAUGAAGUGCUUCAAAUCCAAGCAGAUAUCUUAGGGCCCUGUGUUGCCGUCAAGAGAGCGGCCAUUUCCGAAUGUACAGCUUUGGGGGCUGCCAUUGCAGCUGGUUUGGCUUUUGAAAAUCCUGAAGACAGAGUCUGGAAAGACCUCGACGAUGUUAUAGAAAAGAUCCAGGGCAACACUGACAAUACAUUUAAGGCAGAGUUGCCAGAUCUAGAAAGAAGAAAGCUCUGGAAGAGAUGGGAAAGGGCAGUAGAAAGAUCCAAGGGAUGGUUGGAUGACGAUGAGUAA